AUGCUGGGGAAAGACCUUUUCACUUCGGCACUUCUUUUUGCAGCGGCUGCCAGUGCCAGUCCCUACAACAAGAACCUUGACCUCGAUGGGCCCAAGUCGGUAGAAAUCGCCGUCCAGACAGUGACAAAGGUUGUGCAUCUUCAGAGCACUGCCCGUCCCACUUCUGUGGCACCCAAGGACGACGACGAGAACCUGCCCGUCAUCGACGAGCCUGUCGAUGACCUCCGGAAUAUCACUGAACGCGCAGCUGUAGCGGGCUACAGGAACGCUGUCUACUUCACGAAUUGCGUCUCGUCCGACACAUAUGCCGACCUGGAGAAGCACUUCCCUGGCGAUUCCUGGAACGAACAAGGCACCAACGCCUACGGCUGUAUCAAGCAGCUUUACCUCAGGAAGAAGAAGUUUCGCCAGCUCAAGCUUCUUCUCUCCAUUGGCGGCUGGACAUGGUCUCCCAAGUUCGCCCCUGUUGCGCGUACCGAAGCUGGCCGUCAACGCUUCGCCUCCAGCGCCGUUGCUCUUAUGGCUGAUUGGGGGUUCGACGGCCUUGACAUUGACUGGGAGUACCCCAAGAAUGCCAAUGAGGCGCUCGACUUUGUUCGGCUCCUGGCCGCCUGUCGCCAGGCCCUGGACAACUACGCUGCCAGGUACGCCAAGGGUUACCGCUUUCAGCUGACCAUCGCCGUCCCCGCCGGUCCUACCAACUACCGCGUUCUUGACAUGAAGAAGAUGGCACCGUUUGUCGAUGGUUGGCACCUCAUGGCUUACGAUUACGCGGGUUCUUGGUCCGGAAAGACCGGUCACCAGUCCAACCUCUACAGGAGCAAGAGCAACCCUGCCGCCACCCAGUACGACACGGAGACUGCCGUCAACUACUACCUCAGCCAGGGCAUCAACCCAAGCAAAGUGCUGCUCGGCGUGCCGCUGUAUGGCAGGUCCUUUGCGCGCACCGACGGCCUCGGAAAGCCGUAUUCAGGUAUCGGCAAGGGGUCCAUCGAGGCCGGUGUCUACCACUACAAGGCUCUGCCGGCACCCGGAGCCGAGGAGCGCUGGGACGCCGAAGCUGUGGCCGCGUGGAGCUACGACAAGAAGACGCGGGAGCUCGUGACGUACGACAACCAAAACUCGGUGAAACGCAAGGCCGACUACCUCGUCAAGAAGAGACUCGGCGGUGCCGUGUUUUGGGAGUCGGCUGGCGAUCGCGCCGGCGAUCGCAGUCUUGUGAGGACCGUGUCGAAAGCCAUGGGCGCCAUGGACCAGACGAAGAACUGGCUGUCGUACCCUGCAAGCAAGUACGCCAACAUCCGGAAGGGAAUGCCGGGACAGUAG